AUGCUAAGUGGAGCGGUUCCUGUUGCUGAUGGUUUAGCAACUAAAGGUUUGAAGAUUGAUGGUUGUUGCCAGAUUUGUGGUUUGGAGGGUGAAUCUAUUAACCAUGUCAUCUUUAAAUGCUCUGUUGCUCGUCAGGUAUGGGCUCUUUCUGACUAUCCUCAACCUUUGUGUGGUUUUGCUAAUGGGUCAGUUUUCUCAAACGUUUACCAUUUGUUAGUGAACACUAACAAUGAGCUUUGGCCUCUAGAGUUACGAACUUGUUUCCCUUGGAUUGUUUGGACUAUUUGGAAAAACAGGAAUCUGUUUUUGUUUAAAGGGGAAUCUUUUAGCUCUUUUGAGAUUGUGUCAAAGAUUAGAAAAGAUGCAGAGAAGUGGUUUAUGGCUCAAAAAUCCGGAAUUGAGGAGGAGUCGGAGAUUUUCAGGUGUCGAAGGGGCUCUAGUUUGUUGAGCACUAUAACGAAGCCGUGGGUUGCUCCUCCUUUGGCUUGGUAUAAAUGCAAUAUUGGGUUCUCGUGGUCUAAAAGGAACAAGUUUGCAGGUGCAAGCUGGGUUCUAAGAGAUGAGAAAGGGUUUGUUCUGCUUCAUAGUAGAAGAGCUUUUUCAGGUGUUAUUGAUGUGUUUGAGGCAAGAUUCCUAGUUCUCGUGUGGGCGAUAGAAAGUAUGAUUUGCCACAAAAUGGAGAGAGUGGAGUUUGCUUUGGAGGAUGCGGUUUUAGUAGGUGUAGUUAAUCGGCCUCAGGCUUGGCCUUCUUACAGCUUUCAUGCAGCUGAGAUUCUUCCCUUGUUAUCAAUGAUCUCGGAUUGGAAAGUGGUGUUAGAAAGGGCGUCAGCAAAUAGAGGAGCUAGUCUCAUUGCUAAAAGCGUUACCAGUGACUGUCGUCUUCAGUCUUAUGUGGCGAUCAGUCAUCCCUUUUGGUUGAAUGGCGUUUUUGCGGAUGAGAGACUUCUUUCCUUUGUUUGA